AUGGUACCCCAACAAAUUUCGGAUGUACGAUCUCUGACGCCAACUUCUAGUGGCGUCCCAGUGUUUGGUUCACAACUUGUCGAUAAAAACUCUUCAACACCUUACACUGAUGCAACUCAGUUUAGGGAGUUGGCAUUAGAUCAGAAACCUGCUGAGAAGACAGACGGACAGUCGCCGUAUAUAUCGACAUUUGAUAUUCGUCUCAUUGUCAAAACGUGUCAAACAAUUUAUUAUGAAAGAGACGUAUUAAUUUAA